GCAGAAGCCGAAGCCCUGACCCACCGGCAGGCAGGGGCUGCGGCGGCACGACCGUCCGUCCCCCCAGUACCCAUCAACUCCUCCGCGAGGCACUAGCGGCCGCGUGAAGCACAAGAUGGGCACUGGGCGGGUGUCACCUACGAGGAAGCACCUUUGAUUGCAUUCAGCACCUCGCCGCUCCCAUCACCACUUUUGCACAGGGGACCAGAGGAGCCCGUGUCGGGGCGACACGGGGACACCGAGCCACCGCCAGCGCUGUUCGCCCUUUGCCCGCAGAGCCGGCGCCCCCCAUGCGCCAGGCAGCCGAUCGGUGGCGUCUGGGGGCGCCAUGGCCUCGGCGACCGCGGCGGCGGCGCCGGGCGAAGCGGAGGAGACCACCCGACUCCGCAAGCCGCGCUUCUCCUUCGAGGAGAACCAGAUCCUGAUCCGAGAGGUGCGCGCCCACUACCCUCAGCUCUACGGCGCGCAGAGCCGUCGGGUGAGCGUGGCCGAGCGGCGGCGAGUGUGGGACAGCAUCGCCACCAAAAUCAACGGCAUCACCAGCUGGAAACGCACGGGCCAGGAGGUUCAGAAGCGUUGGAACGACUUCAAGCGCCGCACCAAGGAGAAGCUGGCCCGCGUGCCGCAUUCCACGCAGGGCGCGGGGCCCGCCGCUGAGGACGCCUUCUCUGCGGAGGAGGAGACUAUUUUCGCCAUCCUGGGACCGGGUGUGGCGGGGCCGGGGGCUGGCUCUGGGGCUGAGGAGUCCCGGGCAGCCGCCUCUUCACAGCCGCAGGCUUCGACCGCUAGUACACAACGGUAUGUGUUGUCAGAGGACCGCAGGCAGGAUCGACGGGCAGGUCUUACAACCUACAUUCUGCCACGUGGCUUGUUACCUCGAAGUCUCACAGCCUGGCCCUGAUUCUCCCACGCCUGACUGUUUUCCCAGAAUUCCUAUCUCUGCCAGAUGUCCCGCCUCUUCUCCCCUCCUUUGCUAUACACCAGCCCAGAGCAAGGGAGGCUCCAGCAGCCCAGAGUCCUGGGCCCGGCCCUCUUGCAAUCCCCAAGAAGCCAAGGAGCGUGAGUCCACGUCCCCUGCAGCCAUGCAGCCUGUCCAGCUGCCCCGCCUGGCCUUGUCUCCACCGCUCCCUGCCCCUCCACCACCACCCACGGCGCUGGCCCAAGUGGCACCCUCAUCUCCUAGCCCAACUCCUCCUCGGCCCACCUCAGCCCCAGAACAGUCCCUGGACUUCCUGCGGGCUCAGCAGGAGACUGCCAAUGCUAUCAGGGAGCUGGCUGGCACCCUUCGGCAGGGACUGGCCAAACUGAGCGAGGCCCUCAGUGCCCUGUUACCCCUUUUGCCGGGAACCCCAGCUGACCCGCUGCCCCCGCCCCCACCGCCACCUCCGCCCCCACCUCCCAAACCAGUCCUGCCACCCUCUGCCCCCAAGGUGGAGCUCGCCCCAGAGCCUGUGUCUGUGGUAGCUGCUGUUGUGGAUGGGGCUGUAGUGGCAGCGAGGGGAGUGAUCAUCUCCCCCAGGAGCGAGGAAGGGGUGCCCAAACCACUACCCCCAGCCCCACCACUUCCCCUCCACGACUCACCCCCACACAAAAGGAGGAAAGGUUUCCCUACACGAAAGAGGCGGGGCCGCUGGAAGUCUCCGUGAAAUCUACCCUUGUCCAAGCUCCUGCCUGCAACCCCUCUCCCUGCUUGGCGCAGGCGCAGUCGAGGAGGAAGAUGCUCUUUGCCUAUCCCAGCUGCACCCUGGCUUCCUGCUCUAGGGGCGUGAGCACCCCACUUCCUGUGCUAGUUAGUGCCUGAUUCUCUGGGCGAGUCCCCGGGUGGACUCCCUCAGCCCCUUUCUCUGGUACAGUGGUGUCCGCCUGACUGCCUCCUGUAACCCCAACUUCUAAGCCAUCAAUUUUAUGUUACUAUAUUGCCCUUUGUGGGGUGGGAGGGGGACCUCCUGGCUCUGCGACAUGCUCCUUUGCCUAAUAGUUACUGUUCAUGACUUAAAGAGAAGCAACGUGUGGGGACCUCCCUACUCCCCCAGCCCAGACUUCUUCGGAAGGGUUGGCAGUUGCUAGACAAAUCAGAAUAUAGAAGGCAGAGGACUCCGAGGAGGAGGCAGAAUUCUGACUGGGGGAGGUAUAGGUUGGGUCCUUUGCCUCUCAUUGCUGCGAGGUGUGUCUGACCUCCGGAGCUCAGCCCCUCCCUUCCUUUCUCCUCAGUGCUGACAAGAUGUCAAUAAACUUAUUUUCAUACAAUUAA